UUUUUUCUUUUCCAAUCGGCUAUGAGGAAACUAUUAACAUGACGUGUUCUCACAUAAAUAUUAGCAAAAUUGUAGCUAUUUUUUUAUAACCUGAAUAAAUUUGUUGACUGAGAUUUUGACAAUGGACUGUCAUAACUGUUAGUUUUCAUAUACGUAUAAUCCGACGUUAAUCUAAAUUACUCUCUUCAAAGAAUAUUAGUCACGUGAGAUAAUUGAAUACCCCAGAUCGAAUUUUUGUGCCACAGUUUUCGAUAAACUUAGAUAUAUCUUUCUAGUUUUCAUCAUUGUUAUAGCUUUAGUCAAUUACGUGUUAGACAUUGAUUAUGUUAUUCGAUUUAGUAACGACACGUGCGCUUGUCAGAUAUGGGAUUAUAAUUUGUGUCGAUACUUUAGUGGCAUUCAAAAAUAGGACCCCGGGGUAUUUUAUUACCCCAGGAUGACUAGCGCUGUGUGAAAAAGAGGAGCACUGCUAAUUUUAUCUCCAAAAAGAACGCCUCAAUUACAUUAUUAAAUAUAGAUAUAAUGUUUUACAUGUGAUAAAAAUAGCUGAGGCGAACACCGGGAAGUUUUGGAUACAACAGUUUUCUGUGUUCUUCGUAUUUACAUUGCAACUGGUCGUGGCAUCGGACAAGUGUAUCUUUACGUGAAUUCUCUUCGAAUCUUUGUGAAAAUUUGUGAUUGUAGUAUGUACUUAUGUACUAUAUAUACGUGUUGAGCCUUAAACUACUAUAUAGUGCUUUUACUACUUCCUUUGUAUUCUUCACUUCGGAUUUUUUUCUCUCUUUCGUAAGAGAUUCCUCGGGGACAUUAAGAAGACUCAUCGUUCGUUUUGGAUUUACCUGAAUUUUCAUUUGAAAAAAAAUGACUAAAACACGAGAAAACCAAGUCAUCCACGACGACGACAGGCAUAUCUGACAAUGUGCAACGUUGUCAGCUAUUCCGUCACGUGAUGAUUCUAUGAGAACAAACUUAUUCUCGCAUCUUUGGAAAAUAUUUAUUUGUGAAAAAUGUGAUCGCUAUUUUCAAGCGCGAUUAACCCCUGAAACCUCCACUGAGUCGUUGCAUAUUUUAUAUUUCAGAUAUCCAGGCAAUUAACAUACGACAUUUGCAAUUGAAACGCGGACGCCACAAGAUCUACGUUCAACGCUUCGCAAUUCUUCAUAUUGUUCGUAACGAUAUUCCUACUAUGGACAACCGGAACGAGUCGAGCCGAAAACAACCAGUGCUGUUCGGAAGGGCACCUGUGGAAUCGAAGCAAAUUCUGCACAGAUGGCAGCCACAUACAACUGUAUUGUGCAAACCAUUUUUACAUGAUAGAUCCGGUUCUCAAUCCCCAGGAUAAUUUCACUGUUAUAAAUGGCUCCCUGACUUUUAUAGGGAAUCUGCACGCUGUAGAUGAGGGAAAAUUCUGCGUAACGACGCACAACGAAACUCCGGUGGCCUUUAUAUGCUUUGACGAAGAAUUUCUUGAGAGCCGUUUCGAUGUCUUUGGAGUUCUCAACAUCAUUUCAGCCCUGUUCCUCAUCGUUACCAUCCUGGUUUACAUUAUUUUGCCCGAGCUAAGGGAUCUUCAGGGAAAGGCUAUAUUAUCCGCCAUUGUUUCACUCACUGCGGCGUACAUCAUACUUACUGUACAACAGAUACUGCCGGAUCUCAUAGGCAGUACCACCGAUCACAUUUGUCUAACUUUAGCCUUUCUGCUCUACUAUACGUUACUCUGCACCUUUUUCUGGCUGAACAUGGUAGCCUUCGACGUUUGGAAAUCAGUCUGGUUUCAACAUUUCCCUAUUAAAAAUAAUACGCUCUACAUAAUAUUCUGUUUAAUCGGAUGGGGUGGGCCGAUUUGUUUUCUGAUUGCUACACUCAUCACUCAGUACGCAGAAGGAACGCAUAUCAAGCCUAGAAUUGGGGAGUCAUCGUGCUGGUUCGCUGGAUAUCAGGAAAAAUGGGUGUAUUUUUACGGUCCUGUGGCUUUCCUCUUGACUUGGAAUUUGAUAUACUUCAGUAUGACCUUUUGGCGUUUGUCGCACGUACAAAGUGCUUACAGUGGUAGUAGACUGCGAGUGCUGAGAUUCAAAUGUCUCCUUUAUACGAAGCUCUUUAUUGUCAUGGGAGUCACUUGGAUAUUCGAGGUUAUGUCCUUCGCUAGUGGAGCGGAAACCUAUUACUACUGGAUCGUUACGGACAUUCUAAACAGUCUUCAGGGAGUGUUAAUAUUCAUACUGUUGGUUUUCUUGCGGAAGAGAGUCAGGAAGCUACUGGCCAAGAAGAAGCCUUGCGGCAUCACAUUUCCAAGAUCAUGGACAGCAGGCGAGGAUCUGGAGUGCGACAGUAUUCUGCAGGAGGAAUUAGAGUUAUCUCAAUCAACUUAGAUUCAUCGGGGGAAAUAAUGAUUUACCAUUUGUCCUCGCUCCUGUACAUCUUGGUGUUCAUUCUCAUUCAUCAUCUUUUAUUUCUUAUCGUUACCCUCCACUUCAUCGCAAACGUCAUUUAUCUCUGACCUUUGCUCUCCUUCAUUUGUCGAGUAACGCGUCAUCAGGAUUCUUUCAUAUUCUGGAUUCCAGCGGAGAAACUAAGCACAGAGUUAAGAAUUUUAAUACUUUUUUUUUUUUACAAAUGUAGCUACAAUUUUUUAUUAAUUUAGUUUCUCACGACGAAUCUAGAUUAUAGUGAAUCUUGACUGAGCAGUUCAUGCAUGUCAAUGAAGAAUCCUCGCUGGUAUUCUGCAGUGUCGUUUUAGUAAGUGAAAAAGGCAUUCUUUCAGAGACUAAAUAGAGUAUAGAUCAGUUAAUAGAGCAAAAUUGACAAGUUGCAAAACUGAAAGCCGACACAUUUUUUUUUUUCAUGUGUCAUUCAAGACCUUGGUCAAGAAGGAAAAUGAAAAUAGAAGAGAAAAGAAGAGAGAAAUCUGAUCCACACAGAAAGACAGAUUACAGAUGAGGCAUAUCAUAUGAAUUUUCCACUGCCAUUGCACGGAGCAAUGGCCAAAGAUUCAGUAAAAUAUGGAUAUACAGUAAAAGCUAAUGAUUGUAAGAAUCUCUCCCUCUGAAACACAUAAUCUUAUCAAGCAUUAAGAUAUGAAAUAUUAACGCGUUUUGCAAAGCUAUCCAAGUAACGAAGUGGCGAAAUUAAACAUAUAAACGAAAGUCUAAUCUUUCUGUAUUCAAAUAAAAUAAACUGUAUAUUAGGCAACAAGCUGCGCUUGCAUUAAACGUUUAUGUAGAAUGAAUAACGUGACUCUUGUAGUACGGUCUGCAAUAGUCUACACAUGUGAAACGUAAACAACGGGGCAAGAGUUGCUCGAAGGAGACCCGAGACUUUCUUUGGGCGAUUUUAUUUUGCAAUCGAACUCGAGAGAAUGUUCUUUCUGGAAUUCGUGUUUUGUCAAGGUCGUAUCGAUACAAAACCACAGGACAAGACGGGUUUUUUAAUAAAAAAAUUCUUUUACGUA